CUGGCAACCCACCGUGCGAGAGAGUAGCAGCUCUGCUCCAGUGGGUUCGGUGCGCACUGCUCCAGUUCAUCCCGCUUACUGGCGUGCGCAAAAAGUUCCGCAAUGGGACCCUGUCGGCGUUCUGAUGUCUCUCUGAUCUCUACAGCGAGUAAAGGCUAGUGUGCGUCGCUCCAGAGCAGAAAACACGGACUGGGUGGUGGGUUGUGUGUUCGCACCCCAUCUCACCCCCUUCUUCGCUGCACAGUUUUGGAAUCGGAGUGGAAAGGCAAGAUGGCCGUCGAUCCCAUGCAGGGCGACCCCAGGGGUCACAUGGUGUCGGAGCGUCUUGCCCUGGGCCAACCCCUGGACCUGUCGGACACCAUGGUGCAGCAGAAGCUGGACGAGAUCCGCGAGCAGAUCAAACGCGAGAUCCGCAAGGAGCUGAAGAUCAAGGAGGGGGCCGAGAACCUGCGGCGGGUCACCACCGAUAAGAAACGUGUGGCGUACGUGGACACCGUGUUGAAGAAGAGCAACAAAAAGGUGGAGGAGCUGCACCAGGAGCUACAGGAGCUCAAUGUACACAUCGUGGUGAAGGAUCCAGAAGAGCUUCUCCUAGAAUGCCCCCUGACGCCGGACACGCCGAACAGCGAGAGCCGCCUGGCGGCUCUGAAGAAGCAGAUCCACAUCGAGCUGAAAGUGAAACAGGGUGCGGAGAACAUGAUCCAGAUGUACUCCAACGGUUCCUCAAAGGACCGGAAGCUCUUGGCCGCGGCGCAGCAGAUGCUCCAGGACAGCAAGAUGAAGAUCGAGUUCAUCAGGAUGCAGAUCCUCAAAGUCAGCCAGAGCCAGGAGCUCAGCUUUGACCACGCCCAUCUCAUUGAGAAGCCGAUCAUCAGCCCUCUGGAUCUGAGGGUGGAGGAACUCUGUCACCACGCCCGCAUCGAGCACGCCGUGGCCGAGGGGGCCAAGAACGUCAUGAAGCUGCUCGGCUCGGGUAAACUAGCCGAGAAGAAAACUCACUCCGAGGCCCAGGCUCGGUUUAACGAGUCCAAUCAGAAGCUGGACCUGCUGAAGUUGUCCCUGGAGCAGCGCCUGAGUGAGCUGCCGCCUCAGCACCCCAAGUGCAGCAUGAUCAUGGAGGAACUGGUGUUCAUGAGCUCGGCGGCUCUGAGUCCACGCAACAGCCUGAUCUCCACCCCGACUCCGUACAGCACCAUCACCAAACCCGCCGCUCUGACCGGAACGCUGGAUGUGCGGUUGAUGGGCUGUCAGGAUCUGCUGGAGAACGUUCCUGGCCGUUCGAAGGCCGUGACGGCGUCCCUGCCCGGCUGGAGUCCCAGUGACACCCGAUCUUCCUUCAUGAGCCGCAGCAGUCGCGGCCGAAGCCUCUCCAAAUCCGAAGAGCUUUCCAAUGAGAUCAGUGCUGUGUUGAAGCUCGAUAACACUGUGGUGGGACAGACCAGUUGGAAACCAGUCAGCAAUCAAUCGUGGGAUCAGAAGUUCACACUCGAACUCGACCGGUCUCGUGAGCUGGAGAUUUCGGUGUACUGGAGGGACUGGCGUUCUCUCUGUGCUGUGAAAUUCCUCAGGCUGGAAGACUUCCUGGACAACCAGCGCCACGGCAUGUGUCUCUACCUGGAACCACAGGGGACGCUGUUCGCAGAGGUCACGUUUUUCAACCCCGUCAUUGAAAGAAGAACCAAACUCCAAAGACAGAAGAAGAUCUUUUCCAAACAGCAAGGGAAGACGUUUGUAAGGGGUCCUCAGAUGAACAUGAACAUAGCCACGUGGAGCAGGUUGAGAAGAGCCAUACCUUCCAUCAGCAACUCGUUCAGCCCACUGCAGGGAGCGGAGCCAGGCACCGACACAUGGCGCAGGGUUCAAUCACAUACACACUCUCCAACCAGUGAUCCGAUGGUGACCAAGCUGGACUUCGAUAAAGACGCUACACCCGGUUCUAAACGAUACUCGGCCGUCAGUAUCAGAGAGACGCUUCCGCCCGACAAGAUCCACCACAAAGAACCGAACCAGGACGCCUUCAAUUUCCUGAACAACAGGAACAGCGUGGCGGGAAAAUCAGAGCAGAAGGAGAACACGAAGCACGAGAUCCAGAUCCAGCCGUCGGGGUUAGAGCUCAUGACUGGACUGAAGAACAUGGACACGAGGGAGGAGGAGGAAGACGAGGAAGAGGAGGAACAGUUCCACUUCAGCCUGAGAGACUUCAAGUGCCUUGCGGUGUUAGGGCGCGGCCAUUUCGGAAAGGUCUUACUAGCCGAGUACAGCAGUACAGGAGAGAUGUUUGCUAUCAAAGCCCUGAAGAAAGGAGACAUCAUAGCCCGCGACGAAGUGGACAGUUUGAUGUGUGAGAAGAGGAUCUUCGAGACGGUGAACAGCAUCCGCCACCCCUUCCUGGUCAACCUGUUCGCCUGUUUCCAGACUAAAGAGCACGUGUGUUUUGUGAUGGAGUACGCCGCGGGAGGGGAUCUGAUGAUGCACAUCCACGCUGACGUCUUCUCUGAACCGCGCGCCACGUUUUAUGCAGCUUGUGUCGUUUUGGGGUUACAGUUUUUGCACCAGCACAAGAUCGUGUACAGGGAUCUGAAGCUGGAUAAUUUACUGCUGGACAUGGAGGGCUACGUUAAGAUCGCCGACUUUGGCCUUUGUAAAGAAGGAAUGGGUUUCCGGGAUCGGACGAGUACGUUCUGCGGUACGCCGGAGUUCCUGGCCCCCGAGGUGCUGACGGAGCCGUCCUACACCCGCGCUGUGGACUGGUGGGGGCUCGGCGUGCUGAUUUUUGAGAUGCUGGUCGGUGAGUCUCCGUUCCCCGGCGACGAUGAGGAGGAGGUGUUCGACAGCAUCGUGAACGACGAGGUGCGCUACCCCAGGUUCCUCUCCACCGAGGCCAUCUCCAUCAUGAGAAGGUUGCUGAGAAGGAACCCGGAGAGGAGGCUGGGAGGAGGAGAACACGACGCCGAGGAGGUGAAGAAGCAUCUCUUCUUCAGAAAUAUCGACUGGAACGGACUGCUGGCGAGAAAAGUCAAACCGCCGUUCGUGCCGACGCUCCUCGGAGCGAGAGACGUCAGCAACUUCGACAACGAGUUCACGUCGGAGGCGCCGGUGCUCACCCCGCCCCGAGAGGCGCGCCGCCUGAGCCGGGACGAGCACGAGAUGUUCUCCGACUUCGACUACAUUGCAGACUGGUGUUAGCCUUCGCGCCGCCUGGACAACUUUAGCCGGGAGCCGAUUAACGGAACCCGGGACGACGUGCUCGACACAAAACGGACGUCCACGUAGAUUAGAAGACGUUUGAAUGGAACACAGCCGGGAUUUUGAAGGGUGCCGAGUACCAGCGAGGACUUGAGCACUGACCGAUAUAAUGUUAGUGUUUUUCUUUCCUCCCGGUUUAAAAGAACGUCGGGUCCCACAAAAUCCCCAAAAUUGUCAACUCUUACCCCCCACACUGUGGGUUUUGUACCAACUAUACAAAUCUGGUGUUGCUUUUCUGAAGCAGAGCAACAAGUUUUAAUCGGCGUGCGAGCAGCGCCUGCGCUAACAGUCCCUAUUCUUACAGAUUAUGAUGAAUUAAAUAACUAAUCAUGCACUACAACGAUUAAUAGGAGUUUAUUUACCACUAUAGGGUUUUGCCCCCUGGUGCUCUGCCACCUCUGAUCGCAAAAAAUGGGAUGAAUUGGGAACAGGACUGUUUGGUUUACACGUAACAGCGUUUUUGGGGUGCCUGGGCGGCACAAUGGUCCAGCGAGGAGUGUCCAUGUACAUUUUUGGCAUUUUGCGGACGCUUUUAUCCAAAGUGACUUACAGUUGUGACAGUAUACAGUCUAAGCAAUUGAGGGUAAGGGGCCCAACAGUGGCAACCUGGCAAUGGUGGGGCUUGAACCACUAGGCUUCAGCUGUCUGAAUCUCGGCAGAGCCACCGACCUGGCCGGGCGUCCACGCAAUCACAAUCGGCCUUGUUUUCGGGAGGGACGGUUGCUGGGCGUCUAUUCCCGCUCCCGCCUUGAGAGUUUGGGGAAGGGUGUGGGGGGAUUCACAUGGAGCUAAACGUGGCUGUGGGAAGUAGCUGCAGAUUUGACACGCGUCUCCUUGGUCAGAUCAGGGGUUGGACCCUCCAUAUUAAUGUUAAUGGGUUUGAAAUUAGAUGUCCAGUGAGCUCUAUGUCAGGUGUCCAUAUUCUUUUGGUCAUAUAGUAGAUACUAUAAUUCCUGGCGUUUUACCGAUCAAUUAAGCACCCUGUAUAUGUAUAUUGUAUAUGAAGCUCAAGGGUUCAGGUUUCACCACUGCCAAGCCACCAGCGUUGGGCUCCUCAGUAGUUUGGUGGUACCUCGUGGUGGUGCCUAAUGCCCAAGCGUACAGCAUUUCCUGCUAGCACGUCCAACAUGACUGUUCCCUUUUAUACAUGAUUAAGUGACUGUGUAACUGGUUCUUUAAUCCCAGUAUUAAAUUGUAGUUUUUUUUCUCGACUUUUGCUGUUUGACUGUAUAAAUUAGAAGCGCUGUGUGAAAUACAACGAAGGCACAGGGUGACGUGACGUUCUGAAGGACGGUUGUCGUUUUGUAUCAUGAAUUUCUUGUAUUGUUUCGAUUUUUGUAAUCGUGAGUUGGUCUGCCGUACAGAUGCAGUUCGCAGGUAAGCAGAUUCGUGACCGUUCUGCGCUGUUUGUCCUUUAUAAGUACGAGUUUUUCACCACAGAACCAUCGGUGGUUUCAUUAGCACUGACACGUCAUCAACUAGGCAGCGACUGUUAACGAUUAAUUGUUUUCCUUCCCGAUUUUAUACAAAUAAGACGUGAUUGGUUCAGCAUCAGAUCUCCCGUGAUUGUCUUUGAUAGAUUAAACAAACCAAUCCUCGGACGACCCGUUUAGUUUAGCAGCAUCUUGGUGCGUAAAACAAAUAGCGCUUUUCCACCAAACGAACCCUGGUUCUUGAACCGGUUCUCUUAGAACCUUGGUGUUUUUUAGAGAACCGGCUGUUUCUGCUUGAGCAGUGCGAUAAAACAGCACUAAAGUUCCACGUCAAGAACAUGCAUGUGUGUGAAAUAACCAUCAAACCCAGUCUAAAAUACAAUACAUGUAUCUGUGUUUAGCUGGAUUUACAUCACGUGUGGUGGUUUUGCAGCUCGGGGUUCUGAAUCCGCUUCUCGGGAAAGUUUAAAAAAAGCUUCACCUAAGUAACGUGACUGAAUGUACUCAAAAGUACCACACAGAAACACUCAACUACUCUGUUAUUACUGGUUAUAAGAGCUCUGAACUGGUUAUAAGAGCUCUGUACUGCCGAAAUUCAUCAAUCAGUGUUUUAGUACAAGCCACGUUACGCUUUAUUUUUCACGUUAACUGGCUCAUAAUUCAAUCAGGUAAAUCAGCAGCGGUUUUACAGCUUCUCAUGUGAAAGUGUCCAAACCUCUACACUGUGACACGGCCACAGAUGACAUCUCACAGUAUUCUGUGGUGCCAGAUUAAAACACUAGUUCACUGUCUGGAACCUCUUUUUUUCAGUGGAAACCUGCUGAACCGGUUUAAAAUCGAGUUUGCGGACCGGACUGGAACGGAGCCGAAUCCGCAUCUGUAAAAAAAAAAAAAAAAAAAAAAAAAAAAAGGGUAAAGCAGCGUCUUGGACUUCAUGGUUUGGCUUUUGUCCUGACGGUGCAGUAUAAACUGAAGCAGAUUCAGUCCACAUGUACAACAUUCAGACUAAAAUAUCUAUUGUUGUUCUUUAUUUCUAAUAUUAGGAGUCAUUUCACAGGUUGUUCAGCAGUAAUGUUUGAUCUCACACCCACUUCUCACCAACCAAAGAACCCGUGAUGUUUCUGUACGGCCUGGUGAAGAGCAGAUUAUUAUUAUUACGUAUCUCAGAUCGAUAAGAGCCAUGAUGUAUGUAGCUCAUUGUAAAUAACGUGGUCGAUGUAAACGCUCGUCUGUGUGCCGUUACGUGACUUGAUUUUUCUUUGUUGUAAAAAAAUGGUCGGCGGGAGGUUCAGAGCUCGGAAGGGGUUCGCAGCCCAUCGUGCCAUGCUGUAAAUAAAACGUUUGGUAUGAUUGAUGCCCAUCAUGACCUCGAAAAUAAAAUGUUUGUUAGUUCAA